GAGAGAGAAAAAAAAACAGGAUCUGAAAGGCAAUAAGAGGGAGGUGAGAGUAUAUGCUUUUUCCUGCAAUGCAGUGUGAACCGAGCUUUUUUCAGCAAGAUGGGUUUCACACUCACCCACCGAUUCGUCAUUAAUUCAUUCUCCGCCGCCCCUCUGUUAAUGUUGCUUUUUCUUUUUCCUGACAUUUUUCCUUUUUCAACCUUUAGUCUUUGUCCAUUUUUAUUACUCUGCUUUGUUCAUUCCUUUCAUAUUGUCCAUGUCAUGGUCAAUUCAUCCAAGUCUAAACGUCGCGAAGUAAACGACUCUACUUUAGCACAACGUCUGCGCAAAUUCUCUCUCUCACGACGCUCAUCCGCUACACCCAUCGCGCCCACUUCCCAAGUCGUCACCACCAAUACCAUCUACAAAGAUUAUGACCCUGCCACGGGCAACAAAAUCAUCAACGAUUACAUGAUCAUUCGUGAAAUUGGUCGUGGGGUUCACGGCAAAGUCAAAUUGGCCCAAGAUAUAAAUACCGGUGAACUUGUUGCUAUCAAGAUCGUGGACAAGCGCACCAGGAAAAAACAGCAUGGUUUGAUUCGUGGACAGGUCGACAACCCGUUACUGCAAAACAGAGAAAAUGAACAAAAAGUACGACGCGAGAUUGCCAUUUUAAAAAAAUGCAGUCAUCCUCACGUUGUCAAACUACUUCAAGUCAUUGAUAAUCCCGCCAGUCGUAAAAUCUAUAUGGCAUUGGAGUAUAUGGAAGGAGGCGAAAUUCAAUGGCGAGAUGAAGACGAAAGACCCGUGCUAUCCCUGGAUCAAGCCAGAAGUAUCUUUCGAGACGUAGUUAGCGGACUUGAUUACCUCCAUUACCAAGGCAUUAUUCAUCGGGAUAUCAAACCUGCCAAUCUGUUAUUGACGAGAGAUCAGAUGGUAAAAAUAUCCGAUUUUGGAGUGUCUUAUUUCAAUGAGUUGUUAGCGGGAGAUGACACGGAGAUUGGGACACAGAAACAACAGACCAUUGAUCGUGAACUCGCCGAAACCGCAGGAACACCCGCAUUCUUUGCCCCGGAAUUGUGUGCGAUUCCAGAAGAUGAAGGUGAUCGCCACUGGGGACAUAUAUCCAAAGCGAUCGAUGUGUGGGCCCUUGGUAUCACGCUAUACUGCUUCAUCUUUGGUCGUUGUCCCUUCACGGCCACCACCGAAUUCGAACUAUUUGAAAUCAUUCCUACCGCCCCACUCACCUUCCCUGAUCCAGCCGACACUGGAAUCCCCAUAUCCGACGAUCUCAAAGAUCUGUUACACCGCCUUUUGCAUAAAUAUCCACAAGAACGCAUCACGCUCGACGAAGUGAAGGUUCAUCCUUGGGUCAUUGCGGAUUUACCAGAUCCCACCGUGUGGUGGGAUGAAGCCGAUCCUCGAAGGUAUAAAGCCGUGGAAGUCACAGAAGAAGAAGUUACCCACGCCGUGACCAUCAUGGGACGCCUGCUGAAAUCCAUUCAUCGACUCUCUCAUUCACUGUCAAGUCUGACUCACAGUUUUGGUCGACAUCGUUCAAAAAGUACUUCACUGCCGUCCCCCUCGUCUUCAUCGUCUCCGUGUCCUUUGUACUCCACCGUAUCCGCUCCUCCCCCUCCGACUCACGAUGACAAUUCGCUCAUCACCCCCUUGAACUACGCAAAGACAUCCGCUUCCACUUCAGUGUUGCCUUACCCCAUCGAUCAUCGUCCUUCCUCUUGUUCCUAUCUCUCCGAUUCGUCAAGCUACAACAGUUCCGAUCUUGCUGAAGCCGACAUCCUUCCCAGUCAUCGCAUUUCCGAUUACGACCGAUACAGUUCUUCGGCCUCGUCCUCCUCGGGCCUCGUCGUCUCUUUUAAUCGCCCUCGUCUGACCCCCACUCCCUCCAGUAUUUCACAUUCUAUAUCCAACAACUAAUAAUAAUCAUCUAGCAUCAUUUGGCAUCUUUGAUUCAUCCCCUGACAUAAACAAAUCCCUCGUGUUACGGUUCACAAAGCCGCUUUUUGUUUUUUAAAUUUGGGUUGCAGGUGGCACCUGAGCAAACAAAGAAAAAAAAAUAGUUUCCCUUUUUUCUUGACAAAACAAACCAUCGUAUCACUCACUGCAGUUCACUCCAAAAGACAAUACAUACCAUAAAAAUGACAGAUACCUAAAAAUAGAUGUGCAUGCUGCGGUCGACAUCUUAAGCUUCAAGUUCCUGCACACCGCCCUUUGCCUGUAUACAACACCUCAGGGCCGAAAAGGCAACUCGUGCAUGAUCGUGCCUUACAGGUAUCAUUUGUCUAAAAAUCAUGUCACAUUCACAUCUCGCAAGCAGUAUUCAUAUCAGUAUUCU